AUGCCACCCAAGAAGAUUGAACCGAAGAAGCCUGAGCUCAAAAAGCCAGAACCCAAGAAAGAUGUGGCUCCAGCUAAACCAGUUGCAGCUCCAGAGCCGCUGCCGGAGGCUCCCAAGGAGCCCGAUUUUGACCCCAAAAGCAUCACCCUCGAGUACACCUCCGACCAGAUCGAGGAGUUCAAGGAAGCCUUCACCCUGUUUGACCGCACACCCACCGGGGAAAUGAAGAUCACCUUCGCCCAGUGCGGGGACGUGAUGCGAGCUCUCGGCCAGAACCCGACUAACGCCGACGUGCUGAAAGUGCUCGGGAAACCGAACCCGGAGGACAUGAGCACGAAAAUGGUGGACUUCGAGACCUUCCUGCCGAUGCUCCAACACAUCUCCCGUUCAAAAGAUCAGGGCAAUUUUGAGGAUUUUGUGGAGGGGCUCAGGGUUUUCGACAAGGAGGGCAACGGCACCAUCAUGGGAGCGGAGCUGCGUCAUGUGCUGGCAACACUGGGAGAGAGAAUGACGGAGGACGAGGUGGACAGACUGAUGGCUGGACAGGAGGAUGCCAAUGGGUGCAUCAACUAUGCCUCCUUUGUGAAGCACAUUCUUUCCGGCUGA